GGUGAAGUUCAUUUUUAAAAGUGCGGUCUCUGUACGUAGACCAACUCGGCUCGCCAGUCACUGCCGUACGGGCUGUAGUACAGUUGCCCCGGAGGAGCCAUCGUCCCAUCUCACACCGAUGUCUAUCCAAUGCCUUGAUAGUCUGUGGUCUAUACAGGGUGUUCACAAUUAAGCUUUCACUAGCACUUUAUAAAUAGGCGAAUAAAAAGAAAACUGGUGCUAUUUUUUCUGUUCCUUGAGUAAGAAACAGGUGCUACAUAAUUAGCAGCACCUGGUUCUUACACAAGUAGCGUAAAGCUAUCAUCCGGUUUCCUGUCAUCGCUGUGUUUGCGUAGCGCUCGUGAAAGCUUAAUUUUGAACACCCUGUACGUAGUAACACCAUUUGCUUGGGUUGCUGCAGGCACCACCAUGGUCUUCCAUAGAAUCCUACCCUAAUAAUGUGUACGGACUGUAGGCGCUUCUUGCCAGAUUCCAGAUGUUCCCUUUCAGGCGGUAAGAUUUAAGGAUAAUCUCUCUUUCGUGAUGGUUCCCAUAGUGGGCAUCGAUACUGAUGAUGACUCCAAAAUAUUUGUAUGAGCUGCACUUCCUUAAGGUACUUUCCUGGAGCCAUAGUGUGGGUCGAUUCGGGACAUUAAAACCCACCCAUUGUGAUUUCUCCAGGCUAAACCUCAGACCAUCCUCCGUCUCUCGACGGCAACGUAAUUUGAUUGAUUCAGGCUUCCCUGCAACGAAACGAGGUACCUUGCCCAUAACAACCAUUCAAAAUGAACUUCUGAUGAAAGGAUUACAUCUAUUGCAAACGGACAAAUCAUCAAAGUUUGCUGUCCUACCUGUGAGCCUUUUUGAAUCUAAAAAGACGGAUGCAGUUGUGAAAUUGCUUAAGCCGUUCCCAGGCAAUUUGCAGAAAUCAAAACUGGCGAUUUGUUCAAUGCUCAUGGAAAAUGAUAUGAGUGCUAUCUGUAAGGCUAUACGUUCCGCUUCCCGUUCGACCCUUUCGGUCAAGUUUUUGUUGAAAGACCACAAGGUUGAUAUGCCUCUGAGAAUUGUCGUAAAUGAGAACCACACUUGGCAAAAAGUUGUAUCUUCUUUCAUUAAGAACUGUCUCUCCUCAAUUUACGAACCUAGCCCACUUGUCUUGAAAAAUUCUGAGAGUCUUCUUGAGGCCCUGGCAUCUUUUCACGGUAAAAAAUGUCACGCAUUGUCCCUGGAUAUUAAGGAUCUGUAUUAUUCUCUCCGAGCUGAUACUCUGUUAAACCGUGUAAGAGAUUUUUUAGAGUGUAACCUGGUGCGUUUCCAGUCAAAAGCUGGUAUUUCUGUCUCGGAUUUUCUUCGAGUUCUAGAAUUGUAUCUUAAAUCAACUGCUAUAAGUAUUGAUGGAGAAUUGUUUACCCAAAAGACUGGCAUCUGUAUUGGUUCUGCUAUUGCACCAGUAUUGUCAGAAAUUUACCUGCGUGCUGUUGAUACUGCUGUAUUGUCAUUUAUUUCAACUGUUUCCACUGCCUCUCUUCUUGUAAGAAGGUUUGUCGAUGAUUUGUUGCUGUUGUCAAACGAAGAGUCCAUCAUUUCUGACUGUGAACGUGUUAUCAGGUCUGUCGCUCCCGAACUAGAUUUUACUGUUGAGUACCCCAUGAAUGGAGAGCUACAGUUUUUGGAUGUACGACUUUUGUUCAGCCCUUAUCUUUGCUGGAACUAUGGCAAAACAGUUCCUAAACCUAUCCUGCCUGCUAGUAGUUGCCACUCAAAAACUGUCAAGUUUGGAGUCAUCGCCGGGUUACUGUCAAAUGCUGUGAAAAAGUCUUGUGUUCACCAGUUACAUUCUUCUCUGUGCCACCAACUGUCUCGUUUGAGGGACGCGGGCUACUCCCAUUGUAUGAUUUUUCAUGGUCUAAUGCAGGGUGUCGAACCGCAAAAAAUACGGGUUCGGUUCGGGUUCGGGUUCGCGUUGUUUUGUUUCGUUCCGGUUCAGUUCCGGUUCGGCCACGCCAGAAAUCGAACCGGUUCGCAAACCGGUUCGGAGCCCCGAACCGGUUCGCGAACCGGUUCAACGCUUCCGUUUUAUAUGUUCCAUAAAACUGCUUUUAUCAGGAAAUGCGUGGCUAAUAGCUUACUGCUGUUGUCUGCAUUGACGUCUCUAGCGGUGAGGUAGCUCUUUAGCGAGAGAAAUGAGGAAUGGAUGAACACUUAUUGCAACUAGAGUUCACGCUGUUGAAGCGGUGCAGUCCUGCUACUUUCUGUUCCCAAAAUCUCUUUUUUCACACGCACAGUGCCAGCAAGAUACACUUAAAGGAAGCCUAAUAAGAUGGACAGCGUAACAUAGACGGCAGUACUUGCCGGCACACUGCCUUCGCAGCGUGAAUCGAUCUGAAACCGUACUGAAGCAUGUCGAAAAUAAGCCUGCCAGCCUUACUCUGUCCGAGCUCACAGCAGUGUACUAGUUAAUCCAAAACACAACGGCAAUGUGUCACGACACAACUGCGCUACCAAUAAGCAGAACCACAUUUACUUUUCAAACCACGACCAAUCAAACAAGCACCGUUCUGCGUACGCUCCUUCUCCACUUCUCAUGUUUCUGACUUGUUUAAUUUGUACUGCUCACGUGUAAAGGGAAAUCUUGGGCGCUUAUUUGAUCACAUAUUCGUCCUGUAGAGCUAUAUAACUGGCCUACUCCAUUCGUGUUUCAUUCGUCCGCGUGGCACCUCGUCUCUGAAGAGUAGACGCCGCACCGCGUGCGUGGGGCGCUAGCCGCGGCGCUCACAAGGACAACUGCGCUUCAACAUGUUAAAAAGACGCUGAAAGUAUACUUACUAUACGUCGUCGUCUGACUGCUAGGUGAACAUUUCUGAAAUCCAUAGACGCGUGAUGAUGAUACCAAUGUGUCUUCGUUCGGGGAUAGAGAGGAACUCUUAUGCUGACUUCUUUUAUGUCCGAACCGUUUUGUUGCGAACCGGUUACCGCUAUUAUUUUUUACGGUUCUGCUCCGGUUCGGGUUCAACAGUGUCAUGAAAAUUUCGGUUCGGGUUCGGUUCCGGCAAAAAUAACGGUUCGGGUUCGGGUUCGGUUCGAC